AUUUAAUUAAUCUAUGAUUCAUUUCCGGUUACUCUCCCACUCGUACAUUUCUUAGAAAUCUGUUGAAUUAGAAGUAAACAUGACCACAUCAAGAUCGACAGCGUUUUCAUACAAUUAUGCCAUAGUUUGUCGCGUUCCCCGAAGUUUCGCUGAUAGAGGAACACCAGCUGAUGGACGACAAAUAGACUACGAAGAGGCACGCGCGGAGCACAGACAACUUGUUGACACUUUGAGGAAAUGUAGUUUGAACAUUAUUGAGCUACAGGAGGACGAAGACUAUAAAGAUUGCUGCUGUGUUGAAGAUUGUGCUGUUGUUAUUGGCGGCACUGCUCUCAUUACAAGACCGGGGCUAAAAACACGACAAGGAGAGACAAAGGAGAUUCGCCGUGUUCUGAAAUCUGACUUGAAGCUGCGUAUACAAGAAAUCAAUGAUGGAACAGCCACUCUUGAUGGGUCUGAUGUACUGUUUACAGGAAAGGAGAUAUUUGUUGGUAUUGGACGUAACACGAAUACACAAGGUGCCCAGGCUGUAGCCGAGGCUUUUCCAGAAUAUAUGGUUGUGCCAAUCUACAUAGAUAGAAUACGUGCACUUCAUUUGAAAAGUGUUUGCAGCAUGGCUGGUAGACAAGUUAUUGCCAUCAGUAACUCAGAUGAUGGGAUGGAGGUGUACAAGCAAAUCAAGAUGCGAGCACAGUUUAGCUACGAACUCCUCAAGUUGGAUUCUGAGGCAGCUGCAAAUAUGAUUUAUGUGAACGGAAGACUCAUUGAUCGUCCUAGAGAAGAAAUUGGCGAGACCUGUUGGAGUGUUCUUGAUGAGAAGAUCAUGAACCCUCGGCACCAGGUUAGCAUUAGAGAAUUGGAGCGAGCUCGUGUGACGCUGACUAACUUGGUUCUUCUGGUGAAUAAAGAAAAGCGUGCACGGAAAAUCGUGUCUAAUCUACAGGAUGAUGAUAUGGAUAGAUACGCCACCAUCAAAACCCUAAAAUAAAUCUCCGAACCAUCGUUCCUACUGAAAAUAUAUACACAAAUCGUAUAUUACCUUCGUAAAAAUCAGGGUCACUUUCAAAUAUGCCUUAUAAAGAAACUGUCAAAAGAAAUUAGUUGUAGAAAUAUUUCUAGUUGUUACUAACAUGAUAAUAGUGUUUAUUUCGUUUGAAAAUUGACCAUAGAAAUUAGAUUUUUUAUUUUCAGAUGUUUAAUUAAAUGAUCUUGCUUAUAUGUUAUAGGAAUUUUCUAGAACAGAAAAAAAUAACCCAGUUGCUUAAAUUUUUAUUUUAAAAACAUAUGCGAGUUAAAAAAUUUUUUUUUAGCUACAUAAUUUAUAUAGAUAUGCUUUUUUUUCUUUUAUAUAAUUCAUAUGGGGGUUUACAAUUUUGUUCAUAUAGAUAUAUUGCGAUGUAUCCAUUAAUUCAUCAUUAAAGAGAUUCUUAAGGCAUUUUAAAAAAUAAGGUGUUUUUUUUCUUUAAUCAUCAAUGAGAGCACUUGGCAAUAUAUGUCACAUUUUUUAGCUUGAUUAUUCUUCACCCAGGUGUCGCGAUCAUGCUGGUAUUUCCAAAACCUAAGGGUAUGGUUUGAAAUUUCACACAUUUGAGAGCAUAAUAGGAGGUCACUGUAAAAAACCCAUAUCUAUAGCAUGUCUUUGAUGGUCCUUUUUAAUGUAAGAAAAUUUUAUAUUAUCCAGGCUUUUGUAAAUUUACAUUAUUAAGGCUCUUGUUUUACUAUAUAGCACUAAGAAUAGUGGUGCACACUGUCCUAGUGACAUCUUUACAUUGCAAACUGUAGUUUUAAAGUUUACACAAUUCUGUACAAUACAUAUCUAGGGUUUAAUACAGCACUGUCUCCAAGUAACAUUGUCCAGGUUUUUUACAAAAAUCUGUUAAAGGCCCAUAAAGUCUAAAUAAGUGCUAUUUUGUUUUUCAAAAUCUUUACUUUCUAUGUCCUUUUACAGUUUUCAAAAAGUAACGCAUUAGCCAUACUCCUAUGCCAUCUUUUGCAUUUUGGCACAUAGCACAGUUGUAGUGAAUAAGUUUUUUAUAUGGAAGUAAAAAUACCACAUUUUUGCUACCUUUAUCACAGAAUAUUUCAUUUUCAACGCUAUUUUCUUCAUGUUACAAGCAUCUCACUUGUUUUUAGAUCCAUCCAUAUUACAACAUAACAGAUCAAAUGUUUAAUGUUUCUACAGAAAGUAAAAAGAAACUCAUUUCUUAGGUAUACUGUGCCUUUUAGUUUUACUUAUGUUCCUGCUUCUGCCCUGAAUAAUGCAUAGAGGGGAAACCUGAUGGCUCCCUCCACCACUCAAGCAGGAAUGUUGCCAUAUAUAACUUAACAGUGUUAAUGUCAUUUGAAAACCCGGUAUAUAUUCAAGUUAUACAACAGCAUUACAUGUACAAUAUGGGCAGUGCUGUGAAGGGACCCUGGAUAUGUAUGUACAUGUAUAUGAUAUAUAUUAAUCAUUCCAAUUGUAAAUCUGUUAGUUUGUUUUUAGUUUUGCUAUGUAAAAAAAUCAUCCCCAAGUUGCCAUAAAAAGUUUUUUGUGCAGAAUAGUCAGUUUGGACCACUCUGGUCAUUUAGGGCCAUUUUGCUAUGACAGUUUCUAAGACUAUUCAUUUUAGAAGUCAUAAAUUCGAUGUCUAUAUAUUUAUAAGUAAAAAAACCCAGCCUAGAAUAUAGUUUGAAAUAAAAUAGGAUGCUGUGGUUUAAAUUUUCUAAGGUAAUUAUGCUGCCCCUGGCCUGGAUUAUAAUUUUUCUUCAGAAAAUAAAAGGACUAGAAGUUAUCUCAAUAAAAGCAUUAUCUACAUGUACUUUUUUAUUAUGUCAUUUUUUUUUAUCUUUGUUUUGUUGUAUGUACAUUUAUCUCAUGCUUUAUUUUUUUCCUUUGCAAGCUUCGCAGUGUAUGAUUACAUCUUAGCGCUAUUUACAAGUUACAUGUACGAGUUGAGUUUAUCAUGUUGAUCAAAUUUAAAUUUGUAUGUUAAAAAUAACUUAAUUCCUAAAGAGUUUAGUCUGCAUACUGCUGUAUAGCUACACAGGUUACAUGUUUGAAGCCCUGGCCAGGCAUGCAUUGCAAACCCUUAGUAGCAGAUGAGUUAGAAUUAUUUUGGAUGGUCUCAAAGACUUGGACCAAGGCUAUGGUUUUUAUUGAUAAAUUGAUUUUAAAUUGUGUGGAAGAAAAAUUUGGUGCAUAAUGAAUUCCUUUUUAGUCUUAUAUUGAACAUGAUGUAAUCAGAGAGUCUUUUUUAAAGUUGUAUACAGAGGUUGUUUUCAAUUUUUCAUAAGAGUUGAGUGUUUUAAGAUAGUGUAUUCACAAUAAGGUUAUGUCAGUUCAGUAUGUUUUAAAAAGCGUCUAAAUGACAAUGAACAAGAUAUUCUCCUUUAUGUUGAUAAGCGUCAAAAUAACAAUGAGCAAGGUCAUUUUGCCACAUUGUCACUCAGUAGUUUAUAAGCUUCAAACUGAUCAUGAGCAAGAUAUUCCAACACAAUGGUUCUUAAUAAAGUUAUUGAGACUUGAUGGUAUACGGUAUUUUUUCAUAUAUGUAAAAAUUGUUUGAAAACCAUUUUUAUCGUUGUAAUAGAUGUACCAUUCGUGUUUAAAUAUUAAAAUAGUUUUGGUAGAGUGUUUACAGGGGCGUAUCACGAUGGGGGGCAGGAUCUGACCCCCAAGCGUCCGUGGAAGCUAAUAGGGGUUUGUGUUACCUUACAUUAUUCAAAUGGCAAGUUUGCAGCUUUUAGCGUUUGACAUGGGAGAGAUUUUUCGUUGUGUAAUGGCAGGCCAUAUUAUUUACAUUUAUGAGACUACUUAACAUGUGACAUCAUUUUAUUUUUAUCAUACUUUUAUGUUUUAGUUAGUUCUGUAUAAAAUUGGGAGUGGAACAAAAAGUGCAAUUAAUGUUAUAUGUCGAUGAAACAUGAGUUGUUUCGAAAUAAUUGUAUGUCUAAAAUGUAAGCGCUGUCAUUAUUACGUACAUUCACCCAAGACACCUAUUAUUAAUCAAUCCAUGUUUUCCAACAAUUUUUGUAGUGGUCAUAUUGAGUUUAAUCAUCGUAUCUCAGUAAGAAAGGCAUCAGGUUCUAAUAUACAAGGUUAAAAACAGCAUAUAAGUUUGUAGAUUAUAAGAAACUGCAAAUGGCUGGGUAAUAUCCAUGUGAUCUAGAGUAUUUCUUCACAUGUUUGUUAAAAAGAUUUUAAAAUAGUCAGCAGGAAAUAUAAGGGUUUUGUCUCUUUAGUUAUGGAAACUCUGAAUUCCCAGUUUAAAAAACCUAAUGCCAUUUGUUUCGAACUGGGGCGUUUAGCUUUUAUUUCUAAUAGAAUUGGUUCUGCACAAAUCUACACCAUUUUUGAACCUAGAGUAGCAAUUAUGUUUACUAUAGAUGAAAUGUUUUUGUUUUAUUUAAAUGUUAAUUGGUUGUGCGAUUUUUUUAUUUCAAUGUUAUUCAAUAUACAUUUAUAUAUAUAUAUUUGCGUGUGUAUUUUUUAUAUUUUUAAUGCGUCUUUAUGCUUGAUGAUUAAAGCUAGGAUGUUUGGUAUUGAAUGUUACAGUAGUUGCUGCAAGCAUAGUUAUAUUUUGUAGUUCAUAAAAAAAUGGUAGAUCUGUAUUUGAAUAUCGUAACCCAUUUUGUUUAUUCCUUCACAUUAACAUUUUAUAUCAUUUACAGGCAUACCCCGAGAUGAUGGAAUACCCAUUUGAAAACGAAAUAAAAUUGAUAUCUUUCUUUUAACCUUAACCUGUUGGAACUGAAAGUGAUUAACCUUUGCCACCAGUAAAGAGCCAGGCCAGCCUGAACCUCCAUGCAGUCUGAAACAGUUCUAUACUGUUGGUAGAAUACUUUAAAAAUCCCAAAAUUUUUAAAUAAAACAGUUCUAUAAGUGGAAGCAGGAAUGGUUCAUUUAAAAAACUCUGCAGGGUUAGGGUAAAAAAGUAAACCUUAGAGAAGAAAUAAAUUAAUAUUUUAUCAUAAACAGUGUUUUAAUGAGGAAAACAUAAACCCAAAUAAUUUUAUGUAUAUCUUUUGUUGAAGGGGAUGUUUUUGUUCAUUACAUGGCAUGGUAAUGGAGGGAAAAAAUUUUGAAAUUUUUUUAGGAAAACUAAAAGCUGUGGCCAUUGUUUGUAGAAGGAAAAUUUCUUAAUUUCUCAGUAACAAUAUAUAUAUAUUGUAUAAAUUCAUUUCAUGGAUUUGUAGAAAUUUAAAAUGAAAUUUGUGAAAGUUUUCGUCACUUAAAUGAAGACCUGUCCUUAUAUUUAAUAUAAUACACAUAAGCCACACAAAAAGUGAAUGCCAUAUGCCACCCAACAGCCAGCAGGCUUAUGUAUUCUGUGCUUCCAUUUGAAAUGUUUAUCAUUGUCUGAUAAUGAUAUAAAUUUCCCAUCAAUAAAAUCACAAGAUUGAUUCCAACUGAUGCAAAACUUACACUUCACUGUUCUGGUUUAAAAAAUUGUGAAUUUUAAAAAAGGGGUCACUUUAUCAGUGUUAGAUUGAUAAAAAAAAAUUUAUAAACUAAAGCCAUGGAACAAAUUUCUCACUCAUCUAGAUCAUAUUAAUUAUUUCACGAUUUUCACCUAUGCAAAGUUAUCUCACAGUUUAAAUAAAAAAGUCAUUGUCGGUUACACACAGUAUUUAUUCCGUAAAACCGCCUCCGUGGUCGAGGGGUUAGAGUCGAUGACUUCUAAUCCAGUUACCUCUCUGGCGUGGGUUCGAUCCCCGGGAGAUGCUUUGGUAGUUUAGCGCGGAGGAAGGUGGUCUAGUACUGGUGUAACUCUCCAGGAACGAUGGUUAGGAAACUACCCGCCUAUAUGACUGAAAUACUGUUGAAAAAGGCGUAAAAUGAAACAAACAAACAAACAAACAUUUAUUCCGUACAUACUGCAUUAUCUAGAUAAUCGUACAUAUGUAAGGAAUAUUGCAGUGUGUACAUAAUAUAUACCGUGAGUAGCCGACGAUGAAUAAAGAUUUACUCAAGGAUUUUAGGAUGAAGCUGAAUUCCUUUUCCUGCUUUGGUUGUGUGCGCAGAGGUUGAAAUAAGAUUGCCUUUAAAAGGCACUUGGUUCGUAACAAAAUACUGACAGUCAACUACAAAAUGAUGUACAGAAAUGGUCAAUUUUUUCUGUCAUAAUUCAUAAAGGUUUCUCAAAAGUAACAAUAUUGCAUGCUGUCUGUGACAACAUUUUUACCCCAUGCGAUUUUAGACAUUCCAAGCUGGUGAAGUAUAUAAAAGUACGUCUUUUUUUGAUAUCAAUGAUUGUGAUUUUUGUACAUGUAGUUCAACUUUUAAAAAUAUCUUAUUGAUUUUAUAUAGUUGAUAGAAAAUGUUGAUGUUCGAUGUUAUAGUAACUUUAUAUUCAGCUCUUUUACAAAUUAAGCAGAGAGCCAAGGUUGUAAGCCAGUCAAAGAAGAGCAUGCUUUUCAUUGGUUAAUUUGAAAAUUGAACAUUUAUUUAGCCAAUCAGAGAUUACGUUUUUAGACUGGUCAUUAUUUUUGUUGUGUUUUUUUUUCAUCAACAAGGAACUUGUCCUUUAUUUUUGUUACACCAGAACACUGUUGCACACACAUUGUUUAUAUUUUGAUAAAUGCAAUUUUAUAAAAAUGUAUGCUAAUAAUAUUAAAACAAUUAAACAAAAAAUGCUUUACA